GAACAGAGGAGUAUUGCCAAAGACGCGACCUUUUCAGGACUCAGUUUGUUUACUGCUAAUUUCGCGUUGUUUGUAACAUCACGUGAGUGACGCGUCGUUUCCUUUUCCGAUCACUCGUUAUCCAUGACCCGCGAUGGGAAUGCAAAUACAGCUCCUCUAUCAUCCGCACUAUCACCUGAUGAUUCACGGCCGUAAUACUUGUCGGAUUCCCUUUACGUCCCUUCAAAUUGUAUUCUUUUCAGGUGCCUACCGCGUGCUGAAGGGCUCAUUUACUGCUUCGGUUGGUGGGAUUUUUAGGAUUGUGGGCAUCCAUGCGUGCUACAUCGCAAAAGGUUGCUCUCACCUCACUUUACGAAUUCUCCUGAUUUGUCACCUAUACCACCACGGACCCUCCUCCCCCAUACGUUACCCAUGCUUCCUGCAACUUAUAAACAGACCUCAGUCCUUCGUCUCGCUCACAGAGCACCAUGUUACAAUUCCUAGUUCUUACGGCUUUUUUCCUCCUUGCUGGUGGUGAACGGAUCGUUAGAUUUAUCUCCACUGAUGGCAACACCUACUUCGGCGACGCCAUCUUGCCCGCAAACACUACCGAUGCGUUUUUCAGUACCAGGGCCAGGGUUAUUCAAGGUGACAUUCUUGGUAACUUUACCGUCACACGAGAAAUCAAAGAUAUUACAAAGCUACUGGCACCACUUCCUAGCGAGAGGGUCAGAACCGUCCGAAUGGUCGGCUUGAAUUACGUUUCCCAUAUCGAUGAGAGUAAUAUGACGAUUCCUCAAUGGCCUAUCCUGUUCUACAAACCAUGGACAGCGCUAAACACUCCGAGCGAUCCCAUUCCUGUCAGCGCCGGCUACCAGACACAGGGAAACUUCACGUCUAGCAUGGACUGGGAGGGAGAACUUGUUGUCGUCAUCAAGAAGGCAGCGUACAAUAUCACCGACGACGAAGCUCUGGAUCACGUCCUUGGUUACACCGUUGGACAUGAUGUUUCUCAUCGUGGCUGGCAGAUUGAUCGAGGCGGAGAGCCUCAGCCUCAGUAUUCGAUGGGCAAAGGUGCCGACGGGUGGGCGCCCUGGGGACCUGCUAUUGUGACAACAGAUAUUAUUCCUGAUCCCCAGGUUCUCAACCUUCAUACGAAGGUUAACGGUGUCACCAAGCAAAACGCUAGCACGGCAGAUAUGAUAUUUGGUGUAAAGCACCUUGUCUCGUUUUUCUCAAUGGGCACGACUCUUCUUCCAGGGGAUGUCAUCUUCACCGGGACCCCCAACGGAACAAAUCUGGGAAAGGCGGUUCCGGAUUAUUUGGUCAAUGGAGAUACCGUCGAGGUGGGCUUGGAGAAUGUAGGAACCUGCACUAACAUGAUUCAAUACGUCAACACGUCCUCUGAUUCUGUCAAUAGUUUCUUCCGACUGUAGUUUAUCUGUCUUUCUAAAUCGUCAUCAGAUUCUAAG